AUGUUUUCCUCGUCGGGCCACGGCAAGAAGCCGCCGUCCCAGCAGGAGAUGGUGCAGGUCGACCGAGCAGAUUCUGCCUCCCCGUUCUGGCGAGCUCCUCCUCGCGAGCCGGCCGGAAAGAAAGGCGGAGGGAAGAGCGGCGGCAGCAGCAACAGCAACAGCAACAGCAACAACAUGCGCGACCCAACAAAGGUCGUCGGCGCAGCCUAUUCGCACGCGGACCUGCUCAAGUUCGACUCUCUGAGCCUCUCCGGCAGCCCGUCCCGACCACGAUCGCCCCCGCCAUCGACAUCGCACAAGACCAAGACGCACGGCAGCGGCAGCAGCAGCUCAGGGUCCAAGGCGCCGCCGUUUCGCAACUACAAGAGCUUCCUGUCCAACACGGACGAGGACUGGAAUGCGGACGAGGAGGAGGACGUGUACGGCUAUGACGAGGAUGACGGCGACGAUUUUGGGCUGCCCAGCCUGUCCAACAUGAAGCGACGGACCCGGCGGAUGGCAGCAGCAGCAGCAGCAGCGCAGAGUGGCAGCGGGCGGCUACGAAGCAGCGGAGACGGCGAUGUGGGCUGGGGGGCUGUCGAGGAGGCCGACGACGGGUUCGGCUCUCGGCCACCAAACAGCGCGACACAACAGCAGCAGCAGCGGCCACGACGCUACUCCAACAGCGCAGACAUUGCCGUGGAGCGACCGGCACCGUCGUAUCCGGUGCCCAAGAAGAGCGAGGGCAAGAUCUUGCGGCCGCAGUACAAGGACAUCUUGCGGGACCCGGCCAACGCGCUGCACCUGAUCAGCCACGCGGCAGUGCCGGCCGGAGCCAGCGCCAAGGAGGCCGAGGCAGUCAGCGCGCGCAUCUCGCGCAUCAACAAGUUCAAAAAGCUGCUGCAGGCAUCGACGAUUCCGCUGCCGGAGCUGCGGGCACUCGCCUGGUCGGGCAUCCCGCACGAGGUGCGCGCCAUGACCUGGCAGCUGCUGCUGAGCUACCUGCCGACGAGCAGCGAGCGGCGCGUGGCCGCGCUAGAGCGGAAGCGGCGCGAGUAUCUGGACGGCGUGCGGCAGGCGUUUGAUGGCGUAGGUGGCAGUGGCAGUGGUGGUGGUGACACGAACAGCGAUGGCGACAAAGCCGGUGCCAACCGAGCCGGCACCAACCGAGCCGGCGCCAACCGAGCGAGCGCCAAGGGCCGCGGCCUCGACGAGGCGGUCUGGCACCAGAUCAGCAUCGACGUGCCGCGGACGAACCCGCACAUGGAGCUGUACGGAUUCGAGGCGACACAGCGGUCGCUGGAGCGAAUCCUGUACGUGUGGGCGGUGCGCCACCCGGCCAGCGGCUACGUGCAGGGCAUCAACGACCUCGUCACGCCCUUCUGGCAAGUCUUUCUGGGCGUCUACAUCUCGGAUCCGAACAUUGAGAGCGGCAUGGACCCCGGACAGCUGCCGCGUGCCGUGCUGGACGCCGUCGAGGCCGACUCGUUCUGGUGCCUCACCAAGCUGCUCGACGGCAUUCAGGACCACUACAUUGUGGCCCAGCCGGGGAUCCAGCGCCAAGUGGCCGCCCUGCGUGACCUGACCGCCCGCAUCGACUCGCCGCUGGCCCGCCACCUGGAGGACGAGCACGUCGAGUUUAUCCAGUUCAGCUUCCGCUGGAUGAACUGCCUGCUGAUGCGCGAGAUCAGCGUCAAGAACACUAUCCGCAUGUGGGACACAUACAUGGCCGAGGAAAACGGCUUCUCCGAGUUCCACCUCUACGUCUGCGCCGCCUUCCUCGUCAAGUGGUCGGCCAAGCUGUGCGGCAUGGACUUCCAGGAGAUCAUGAUGUUCCUGCAGUCGCUGCCGACACGCGAAUGGACCGAGAAAGACAUUGAGCUGCUCCUCAGCGAGGCCUACAUCUGGCAGAGCCUGUUCAAGGGCUCGUCCGCACAUCUGCGCAGGCCCGCCAGUCGCGCCCCGUCCACCAACCUGCAGCUCUGA